UCGGCCGCGCUCCCACUUAGCCGGCCCGGGGACGGGGAGCCCCAGCGGCUCCCUCCGCAUUGCACCUUCCUCCGCGAACUCGGGGGCGGCCGCGGCCACCACGCAUCUGGCGCCAGCCGCCGAGCGGGAGGAGCUUCUGCGCGGCUCCGGAGGCGCUAGGCGCUUUCGCCGGGGAUCCGAACCCGGGCGCGGCGGGUAGCGCACGCGCCGGCGGACGCCUGGGACUCCGGGCGGCGCCGCGCCCUUCCCCGCUCCCCCGCCGCGUCCGAGGGAGCCUGAAUCCUUCCCGCGCCGCCCCUUGAACCGCGCCACCUUCCUCCGGUUACCGCCGGCCGCGGUCUUCGGCGGCUCGAUGCUUCAGGCGCCGCGGGAGAGGCAGCAGCCGGCUGGGGCGAGCGGCGACGAGCGAGCCGAGAGCAGCGGGCCUCCGGCCCCGGAGCCCGGCACGACUCUGCGGUCUUCGCGCCGGGGCCUCGGCGGCACUUACAAGUGAAGAAGCAGCACGACCUUUUGUCUUGGAUAAUUUCUAGUACAGAGGCUCCGACAAUUUAGCAGCGGCCUCCUGGGCCUCCGGCACCCUUACCACAUUCUACAUCCUCAGGGGACAGAGGGCCUUUGGGAACAGACCCCUAAAAGAGUAGGUGGGCCAGCCAUGAGAGGGUACCUUGUGGCCAUCUUCCUGAGUGCUGUCUUCCUCUAUUAUGUGCUGCAUUGUAUAUUGUGGGGAACAAAUGCCUAUGGGGUGCCACCUGUGGAAAUGAAGAGGAGAAAUAAGAUCCAGCCUUGUUUAUCAAAGCCAGCUUUUGCCUCUCUCCUGAGGUUUCAUCAGUUUCACCCUUUUCUGUGUGCAGCUGAUUUUAAAAAUACUGCUUCCUUGUAUGGUAGCGAUAAGUUUGAUUUGCCCUAUGGGAUAAGAACAUCAGCCGAAUACUUUCGACUUGCUCUUUCAAAACUGCAGAGUUGUGAUCUCUUUGAUGAGUUUGACAAUGUGCCAUGUAAAAAAUGUGUGGUGGUUGGUAAUGGAGGAGUUUUGAAGAAUAAGACGUUAGGAGAAAAAAUUGACUCCUAUGAUGUAAUAAUAAGAAUGAAUAAUGGUCCUGUUUUAGGACAUGAAGAGGAAGUUGGGAGAAGGACUACCUUCCGACUUUUUUAUCCAGAAUCUGUUUUUUCAGAUCCCAAUCACAAUGAUCCUAAUACUACGGUGAUUCUCACUGCUUUUAAGCCGCUUGAUUUAAAGUGGCUGUGGGAAUUGUUGACAGGUGGCAAAAUAAAUACUAAUGGUUUUUGGAAGAAACCAGCAUUAAAUCUGAUCUAUAAACCUUAUCAAAUCAGAAUAUUAGAUCCUUUCAUUAUCAGAACAGCAGCUUAUGAACUGCUUCAUUUCCCGAAAGUGUUUCCCAAAAAUCAGAAACCCAAACACCCAACAACAGGAAUUAUUGCCAUUACAUUGGCAUUUCACAUAUGUCAUGAAGUUCACCUUGCUGGUUUUAAGUACAACUUUUCUGACCUCAAGAGUCCUUUGCACUACUUUGGGAAUGCCACCAUGUCUUUGAUGAAUAAGAAUGCGUAUCACAAUGUGACUGCAGAGCAGCUCUUUUUGAAGGACAUUAUAGAAAAAAACUUUGUGAUCGACUUGACUCAAGAUUGACCCUACAGACUCAGAAGAUGAUGCUAACAGUAUUAGUUUUAUUUUUACACUGCAAUUUUUUAGUUUAUUUUUAAAUAUGUUGGAUGUACUUGUCAAGAAAUUAUGUAUAUUAAGUCUGUUGCUGCCUGGUGCUUCAUAACCACCAGCUUAAUUUCUGUGAACAUAUUUAAUUUAUGGAAACCAAGACAUGCUAAGAUAUCAGGGAGAGUGAAUUUUUCAUUGCAUUGUUUUAAAAAUAAGCUAGUUUUCUGAUGUGUUUUUAAAGUAUCUUUUUAUAGUUACUUCAUCUUAGACUUUUGAAGGGAUGUGACUUGCUAAUAAGUAAGGGGAUUUAGUUUACCACAGCAGAUUUUGAAUGUAACGUGACAUUUUGAGAGGCUUAUCUGGCUCCUGUAAAUUGGUGGGGAGCUGGCAUGUGGCGGUGCCUUGAAUGCGGCAUACUGGAACCACUUCAGGCCUCUGUAUCUCUCUCUCUGGAUGAUUGUUUGGUUCCUUUUUGUUCUACCUGAGCAACCUGACUGGAAUCUUAAACCAGACCCUAAGCGUGGAUGAUUGAUUAGGGAAAUCUAAGAUCAUACUGGCUUAAUUAAGCAUUUUUUUCCUACAGUUAAGUUAAACCAUGAUUAUGAUGAGUAGUUUGGUAGAAUGAAGAUGUUUUUUAAGAAGUCGACAGAAAUAGGAUAAAUAUGAAACUCUGGAUAAGUAAAUAACCAAAGAAAGAAUGCAAUUCCUAAAGUCUGGUCACUGCAUUAUUUUAAAGAAAUAAAGUUUAUACAAAGAAGCUGAACUAGGCAAGCUCAAGAAGGAGAACAUUCUUUAAA